GCAAGAAGCUGUAAUAUAUAUUUUACCAUGUUUUGUGGAAAUUAAAUUAUGUUAAGUGCUCAAAUCAGUAAGAAGAAGGUGCAGUGAAAAGCGAACGCGGAAAGCGCCUGGAGCAGCCAAACACAAACAAAAAUCAAAAGCAGGAAGAAAGUGAACCAAAAGGAGGAGCCCAUCGAAGAAGUACGGCACAAAGAGAAUUGCAGAAAGUGAAGGGACAGCUAAAUAAGUUGCAAUGUAAAGAGCCCUCCGAAAGGACGAACAGGACUUGUCAACGAGCUGUAGAAGCAGCUGCCACUGCCACGAUUGACAGGACAAAAACAAAGGGGCGCAAGGACUUCCCGCUCGAGUGGCACAAGCAAGUUUCCUCGGAUUUUUCCACCCUCUCCCUCUCCCGGCCCUCGGAAAACGGCAGCAACGGGGCGCAAUGUGCUGGCCAAAUACCGAAGUCGAAGAAUAGAAAAUCACUUGCCGAAAAACAAAACAUAGAAGAGAUAAAAAACAAAAAAACAUAAAACGUAAAAAAAGAGCAAGGACUGCGGUGCAGCAUAUGUGUUUUUCAGUGCGCUUUCUGUGAUGCCACAAGGACACAAGGACACUUCAAGUGACAGCAACAUUCGCGAGUUUUUCGUUCGCCAAGAGUCUUCCAUCUAGGACGCAGCAGGAGCAGGAACAGCAGUAUGCGCAAGCACAAAGCGCCGCCCAGCGGCAGUCCAAGGACAAUGCCCCAGGACACAGCAUCACAAUCGUCGGAGGAGGCAGGAGUCGGAGACUCACCCCAUAACGGGCAGGCUCCUCUGCUGCUGGGCCACCAUGCCCCCGCAGAUGCCACCGCAACAGCAGCAGCAAAAGCAGCAGCAGCUAGUCGCCUGGCCCCGCCCCUCUGUCAGCCUCCCAUCGUCAGUGGCAAGGAGCGACCGCGUCCCUCCGUCCGGUUCGCCUCCCUGCUGCACGUGGCCAGCUACGUGCUCUGCCUGUGCGCCUUCAGCUUCGCCCUGUACGGCAACGUGCGGCAGACGCGGCUAGAGCAGCGGAUGCAGCGCCUCCAGCAGCUGGACGCCCGCAUCGUCGAGCUGGAGCUGCGUCUUGAGCAGCAGCAGCUGCUCCACUGGCCCGCUGACCAGACGCAGAUCCUGGCCAGCAGUUCCGGUGAGAGUGCCGCCAGCAGCAAUGGCAGCCAGCAGCAUUUGGCGUUGCACGUGCGCCGCGAGCUGCAUCGCCUGCGACGGGAUGUGUCGCAUUUGCAACUCACGCGACGGCAGCAGCGGCGUCAGGCGGCCGAGGCGGCGGCAGCGGCCAGCAUCGAAGGUGGAUCCGGUAAUGGCCAGUGUCAGUGUCAAGCAGGUCCUCCAGGUCCGCCGGGUCCCCAAGGCAAGCGAGGGAAGCGCGGCAAGAAGGGCGAUGCCGGCGACAAGGGAGAUCCGGGUCUCAAUGGCAUCGUUGGUGAAAAGGGUGCGGCGGGUAAGCCUGGUGACAAGGGACAGAAGGGCGACACCGGGCAUCCUGGCAUGGAUGUGUUCCAGACGGUGAAGGGUCUGAAGAGAUCGGUGACAACGCUGCAUGGCGGCACGCUGGGCUAUGCGGAAAUAGUUGCUGUUAAGGACUUGCAAGAAGCAGGCGUCAAUGUAUCCGCUUCGACAGUCAUACAGCUGAAGGGUGAGCCUGGAGAGCCGGGUCCACCGGGACCGCCGGGCGAGGCGGGACAGCCUGGUGUGCCUGGUGAACGUGGACCACCGGGCGAAACCGGAGCGCAGGGCGUCCAGGGCGAGACCGGACAGCCAGGACCCGCCGGACCGCCUGGAGCGGCGGGCGCACCUGGCACAAAGGGCGACAAGGGCGAUCGGGGCGAUCGUGGCCUAACCACAACCAUCAAGGGCGACGAGUUCCCCACGGGCAUCAUCGAGGGUCCUCCGGGGCCGCCGGGACCACCUGGUCCGCCCGGAGAGCCUGGAGUGCGGGGCGAGGAGGGACCCAUUGGACCCGCUGGACCGCCUGGCGAGAAAGGACCGCGGGGCAAACGCGGCAAGCGGAUAUUCGGACCUGGUGGCACCAAGUUGGACGAGGAUUACGACGAUCCACCGGUCACCCUGCUCCGAGGCCCACCGGGACCGCCUGGCACCGCCGGCAAGGAUGGACGCGAUGGACGGGAUGGCAGCAAGGGAGAGCCUGGUGAGCCAGGUGAGCCGGGAUCUCUGGGUCCGCGUGGAUUGGACGGACUGCCGGGUGAGCCGGGCAUCGAGGGGCCGCCAGGAUUGCCAGGAUACCAGGGUCCUCCCGGCGAAAAGGGCGAUCGCGGAGAUAUUGGCCCGCCUGGACUGAUGGGACCGCCGGGUCUACCAGGACCACCAGGAUAUCCGGGAGUCAAGGGCGACAAGGGUGAUCGCGGUGAUUCGUACCGCAAGAUGCGUCGUCGCCAGGACGAUGGAAUGUCUGAUGCCCCGCACAUGCCCACCAUUGAAUACCUAUAUGGACCGCCAGGACCACCGGGACCCAUGGGUCCGCCAGGACACACUGGCAGCCAGGGCGAACGCGGUCUGGAUGGACGCAAGGGGGAUCCGGGCGAAAAGGGCCACAAGGGAGAUCAGGGACCCAUGGGCCUGCCGGGUCCAAUGGGCAUGCGAGGCGAAUCGGGACCCUCGGGACCCGCGGGAAAGGCUGGCAUACCGGUGUGGGGCGACUACUAAUACUAGUUAAAUGGCAGUCUCUAUUAAAUAAUAAUCAGUCUAAAAUGUGACUUGAAAGCUAAGAGAAAAUAUUCCUAGGCUCACGCACACGCACACACACACUCACACCGAAACACACACACACAUGCAAAGUCUUAAAAAACACACUCACAAAAACACACAUUUGAGGAAAGGAAAACAAAUUUAAUCAAAGCAAAACAAAUGUUCAAAGUUACGAAGCCGCGCAACGCUUGUCAAAUGUGCUCAGUUAUCGUCUAAAUAUAUAUAUAUAUAUAUAUAUAUAUAUUAUAUGUAUAUUAUAUGUAUAUGUAUAUCAAUUUGUACAAACACGCACCCAUGUACAGAAAAUCAAAUACGAAAUAGCAGCAUGUCAGUGCCGAGUAAGCAAAUCAAUUAAUUGCACACGGGCAGAGGACAGAAAUCAGAAAUCCGAAAUCAGAAAUCAGAAAUCCGAAAUCGGAAACCAGUAAACAAAAAUCGAAAACCAAAACAUCCUCCACCCGCAUGAAGAAGAAAAAAAUUAAUAUUCAUAUCAUUUAAAAUGCCCCAAGAGUCAAAUAAGUAUUUAUGUAUACAAACAAGUAGCGCAAACAAACAUAUGUCUACAGAGCGUAUUUACAAACGUCAAUCAAUCGAAUCAACUAACAUUGAACCCACACACACCCUUACACACACCCCCUACACACACACACUCUGACUAGUAAGCCAGCUAACAAAUAUGCAAUGCAAAUAAUUUAAUUGCAUUUCAUUCGUCGCUGCUCUGUGCGAGGAGCAGGAGCAGGAACAGGAGCAGCAGAAGGAGCAUGAGAAAAUGCAUAAAUCAUACGCACCGUGGUACGUGGCAGCAAUGGGUCUUGUAGUGUGUUUCCCCGAGUGCGAAACUGCACUAAUUGAUAGAUUAUGUUCGAACCGAGUUGCUAUCAUUGGCAAUUUGCCUUGAUUGCCUUAAUUAUCCCCAUAAUCAGAUGAUCCUUGACUUUCUACUUCCGCUUCAGCUUAUGCUCCUGCGCCUGCUCCUGUUUCUGCUCCUGCCGCUGCUUGCAUUGUCUUAGGUGCCGUCCAUGGGCUUUGUCUGAAUAUUCGAAUAGUACUCGUUCAUGCAAAGCAUAAUUGCCAAAGCUUCAAUGUGAAACACAAGAGCCAGUAGCAGACACAGAUUUCUACAUAAAUAAGCGCAGUAAAGUUGUACUUAAGCCAGGAAUUGUCCUAAUUAAUGGAUAAUUUGAAGACGAAAUUGUAAGAUAUUUUAAUUCGAAGCUAUCUCAAUGUUUGCAUCAAUAUUGUUUAAUUAUUUCUUCCAUACUAAGCGAAAUGCAUUUCAUUCGUAUAUCCACAAACAAAAGAGCUCUCCCAUCCAAUUGUGCAUAUUUUACAGUGUUUAAAAAAGUUAGUUAGGCUAAAGUUACACUAUACAAAAGACAGUCAGAGUCGGCUUACUCUCCUUCCGAAAUGCGAAAAAUAUCAAUAAUAAAUACAUAAUCUUACCACGAGUAUGUAUCCUAUUGGUUUCAUGGACAUCUCAAACAAAGUAACGCAAAUAAUUCUAUUUAUACAAGAAAUAAUAAAGAAUCGAGGGCAUAAAUUAACAUUUUUCAAUGCGAUGGCUCGAACUAGGCGAGGGACAAGUAAACGGCCUGAAAAAUCAAACAUAAUCAAUGCAAAUGAAAUAAUGCCAUGGAAAUAUAAUAAUAUAAGUAUAUAGUACUGCCAGUCGACAGCGCAUUUCCAAAUCCACAGGCCAUAAAAAUUCAAUGGGAAUUAUUGAAUAUGCAAAUGGGAAAUGAAAAUGAAAAUGGAAUGGAAUGGAAAAUAUUUGCAGCUUUAAUGUUUGCACGAACAGACAACAGCCAGCAGCAAACAGCAAACGGCAUCGAAAAUCACAAAGAAUAUGUCAAUUUGUUUUCAAUUAGAUGUGUCUCGUUGUUGUAAUAAUCCCCAAAUGGAAAACAGAAUACACAAACAAUUUGCAUGUCAAUUUUCAUUUAAUCCACUAAAUGUCAAGCAACCCAACGUGUACAUACGCUGCGAUAAAGAAUGGAACUUAAUCAUAUAAUUAACAAUUAAUUUUCCUAGCUGUUUUUCCCACUCUUCCUCUCUAACUAUCUCGUCGUGUUUACUUACCAUCUUGCUCUCUAAUAUAUAUAGAUAUACUUACUCCUUCACUCACUAACUACGAACUCAGCUCUCUCUCUCUCUCUCUCUCGAUCCAUAGGCUAGAAUAAUGAAUUGUGUUUUCGCGAUUGAAACUUAAACUUAAACCUUAAACCCCUAAUUAACUAACUAUAAAUGAAAGAGCAAGAGCUAAAAAAGGUAUAAGCCCCUAAUAAGCCGCUAACCGUAAUUGUAAGUGUACAUUUGUUAAUUACCCCAUAGAAAACAAGAAGAGUUUGCAAACGAAAUAAAAAAUAAUAUAUAAUAUAUAUACAAGAAUAUAUAUAUAUAUUUACGUGUAUUUAUGUCUAUAUACGUGCAUAUACUAAAUGUCGAUGUGCGAGUGCAUUAUGCCAUCAUCACGAACCCGAACACCAUAUUUUUAUCUGUGCUGCUGCGUGCAUUCCAAAUGUAUAAUUCCAUAUGAUUCGAUUGAGAAAGUAAUAGCAUAAAAAAUACGUAAUUACGUAAAGCGAAUCCCCGAUAAUUGUUUGCCUUUGGCCCCUCCCGAGCAUGUGCGAAUCGCAGGCGAGCAAGGCAAGGCCACAGAAUGACCGAUUGUAAAAUGAUUGCUAAACGAAACUAACAUAAUUUUCG